CGCGUUCAGGUGACCGAUCGGGAGGCGCGGCAGCGUCGGGCUCCAGCCAUGCUGUUCUGGCACACGCAGCCCGAGCACUACAACCAGCACGGCUCCGGCGGCUACCUGCGUGAUGUGCUCGCGCUGCCCAUCUUCAAGCAGGAGGAGCCCCAGCUGUCCCCCGAGAACGAGGCCCGCCUGCCACCCCUGCAGUACGUGCUGUGUGCUGCCACGUCCCCAGCUGUGAAGCUGCAUGAAGAGACACUGACCUACCUCAACCAAGGUCAGUCUUAUGAAAUUCGGCUGCUGGAGAAUCGGAAGCUGGGAGACUUCCAGGAUCUGAACACAAAGUACGUCAAGAGCAUCAUCCGUGUGGUUUUCCAUGACCGUCGGCUGCAGUACACAGAGCACCAGCAGCUGGAGGGCUGGCGGUGGAGCCGGCCUGGGGACCGGAUCCUGGACCUCGAUAUUCCACUGUCUGUUGGUAUCUUGGACCCCAGGGCCAGCCCGACCCAGCUGAACACAGUCGAGUUUUUGUGGGACCCUUCGAAGAGAGCCUCCGCGUUCAUUCAGGUGCACUGCAUCAGCACAGAGUUCACCCCAAGGAAGCACGGGGGCGAGAAGGGGGUGCCUUUCCGAGUGCAGAUCGACACGUUUAAGCAGAACGAGAAUGGGGAGUACGCUGAGCACUUGCACUCCGCCAGCUGCCAGAUCAAGGUGUUCAAGCCGAAGGGAGCAGACCGGAAACAAAAGACCGACCGGGAGAAGAUGGAGAAGAGAACCGCCCAGGAGAAGGAGAAGUACCAGCGGUCCUAUGAAACCACCAUUCUCACCGAGUGCUCCCCAUGGCCCGACGUGGCCUACCAGGUGAACAGCGCCCCGUCCCCCAGCUACAACGGCUCUCCAAACAGCUUCGGCCUCGGCGAAGGCAGCACCUCACCGACCCACUCCCACCCACUGGAGACCCUGCCCAUGGGCAGCGAUCACCUGCUCCCGUCCGCCUCCAUCCAGGACGCCCAGCAGUGGCUGCACCGCCACAGGUUCUCGCAGUUCUGCCGGCUCUUCGCCAGCUUCUCAGGUGCUGACUUGCUGAAGAUGUCUCGAGAGGAUCUGGUGCAGAUCUGUGGCCCCGCAGAUGGGAUCCGGCUCUUCAACGCCAUCAAAGGCAGGAACGUGAGGCCGAAGAUGACCAUUUAUGUCUGUCAGGAGGUGGAGCAGAGCCGGGCACCCCUGCAGCAGAAGCGGGACGGUGGUGGGGACAGCGGUCUGUGUGUGUACCAUGCCAUCUUCUUGGAAGAGUUGACCACCUUGGAGUUGAUUGAGAAGAUCGCCAACCUGUACAGCAUCUCCCCACAGCACAUCCACCGAGUCUACCGGCAGGGGCCCACAGGCAUCCACGUGGUGGUCAGCAACGAGAUGGUGCAGAAUUUCCAGGAUGAAUCCUGUUUUGUCCUCAGCACCUUAAAAGCGGAAAGCAGCGAUGGCUACCACAUCAUCCUGAAAUGUGGCCUCUGAGCAGCACGGAGCGGCAGCUGCCUCCACCUCCCAGCCCCAUCGACCCCCUUGGAUGUAGGAAUUCACCGUCGGAAGCUGCAGCCUCCCUGGCUAGAAGGGAUCUUGCUGAUCUAAGAAAGCUGCACACCGGCAGCCAGCAGACACCCACGUAGACCUCUGCAUGCAGAUCCCACCAGCAGCCAGCAGACACCCACGCAGACCUCUGCAUGCAGAUCCCCCCGGCUCCUCUCUCCCUUGCUCUGGGCCUCCAGCUUUUGAAUGGUCCUUUCCCUACGCCUGCCUCUCUAAAGAGGCCGACAGCGGUGAGCGGGGGCGUCUGGUCUGAAACGCCUUGCUCUCCUAGUUGGAGGCUAGUUCAUGGCUGUCUUGUUGCCAAUGUGUUGGUUCCUUCUGACCACUCCCCUGCCUCCAGGCAAAGCUCUGCCCCAACCUUCGCUUUCUUCUCUGGUAACUGGCUCCAUGGCCAGGACUGCUGACUAGAUGGGGGCGAUUGGCCACCAUCAUCUGUCUUCGUGUUCAUUUCCGUUCUCGAAGGUCCUGGUGAGCAGCUGUCUGUCCUGCUCUUGGUGGAUUGAUGGGAGUGGGGUUUACUCCGUGCCUUCUUUCACUUUACCUUGUUCCUAAGGAUCUGCUACCACAAAGCCCUGAGAUGGGGCACCUCUCUGCGUAGGUGGGCGGACACCACGUAUGCGUGUGGGACCUGCCACACAGACCAAGGCCCCGGGAGGGUGGGGAGUGGGUAGAAAGGCUAU